AUGGCGAGCCCGGCGAGCCCAGGCCAGCUAGAAGCAGGUCAAGGUGAUGCGACGAUGAGUAUGCAGGAAGCCGUGCAGCAAAUGCCCGCGGCACCGGUUACUGAGCCAGCACCUCAAGUGAGUGUGAAUGACGUGACUCAGCUUGCAGCUCUCGUGCAAGCUGCUUCGAGUGCGGCUGCCAGUGCUGCUAGUGCUGUGUCGCGCAUGCAGGAACAGAAUGAUCGUGGGACUGAGCGACAGUACUCAGGCUACACCGAUGCAGCGAAAGUCUUGAAGUAUCCUGAAGGCUGCGGUGGAGGUGAUUCUCACGAGGCGGACCUCGCCCGCUGGCAGGAGUUUGCUCACAGCUUUCGCUCUUGGAUCCUUUAUGCUGAACCAGCUUUUGAGACUGAGUUGGAUAUGAUCGAGAAACAUCCUGAUGUUGUGAUCACCUUGAGUGAGAUGGCUCGUGCAACGGGGGUGCGCGCCCGCAGGCUCUACGCAAUCCUGUCGGGGUUGUUGAAGGGCAGGCCUUUGGUGAUGUUGAGAGCUGUUGAAGAGCAUAAUGGGUUCGAGCUUUGGAGGCAACUCAUUAGUGUGUACGCUCCACGCACGCGUGCACGCUCGUUGGCACUGUUGAGCGCCUACAUGGCGUAUCCAGUCUUCGUGAAGGAGAGAAGCAUUCGCGAGCAGGUGAGUGCCCUCGAGAGGAUAUCGGAAGAGUAUCAAAAGGUGGCUGGUAGACCUAUAGCCCCGGAUGUUCGAUUAGGUGUUCUGGUAAGGGUUCUCCCGAGUCAUUUGAAACAACACGUACAACUUCAGAUGACAGAAAAGUCCAGUUACGAGAGCAUCCGCGAAAGCAUCCUUCAGUACGAAUCGGUGACGACGACAUGGGCGGCCCAUCGUGUGCAUGUUGAGCUGGGAACGGUGGCGUUUGGAACCCCACUCGAGUAUGUGCUGUCAGACGAUUGGGAGCCCAUCCCAAAUUUGACCAUCUAUGACCUUGGUGGUGCUGAGGAUGGUGGUGCGUGCCCCGGCAGAGAUGAACCGUAUGAUGCUUGGUAUGAUGAUGGUGACACGUACUCGUAUGAUGAGUGGCAUCAUGUUGCUGCUGGGCAAGCUGGUGAGCGCAGCUUUGGCCCGAGUGUCAGAAUGAUACAGUGUGCCCAGGAUGAUGCUGAUGAUGACUGUGAACUGUCAAGCAUCAGCCUUGAGGAUCAGUAUGACUGCCUCGAGGCCAUCAACGAAAUGUACCUGGGCCGAGGCCCACAGGUCAGGGCCAUCACGCAUGAUGAAGUGGACAUCAUACUUGAUGCCGGUGCUGAUGUGUCAGCACUUCCCUUGCGGUUCUCCAAUGUUGGAGUCAAGGACAGGUCUUCGAGCAGCAUGAGGUAUUCAGAUGCCCAAGGAAACCCUCUUCAGGUACGUGAGUUUCGCAUUGCUGAGGUGAGGAUCGGCCCGUGCCGGUUCUACGAGCGUUUUGCCCUGUCCAAUGUCACUCACCCUUUGAUCUGCCUUGGCAAACUGUAUCGUGCAGGUUGGUUUGUCCGCCCUGAGAGCAAUGUCUUGAAGCUGAGCAAUGAUACUCACUCGGUCCCGAUUGGUUAUCGUCACCAGUCUUUCUGUGCACAGGGGACCAUUCGUAUGUUGAGUCGCAGUGAAACGGAUGCCAUAAUGAGCCCGAGUACUUCGGCGAUGCCCCGGAGCAUUGCACCGCAGUCAAGUCACAUGCCCCGGAGCAGUUCAACGCAGUCAGGUCACAUGCCCCAGAGCAGUUCGACGCAGUCAGGUCACAUGCCCCGAGGUGAUGGUGCUUCAUCAAGUUCAGGUGCAGAUGGUACUUGUGUGCAGCAAGGUUCAGUACCGUUGCAGGUCCGCGCAAUCGAGGUCACUUUAGGCGAGAAGCUGUCUGGUCUGAGCAACAAUCGUGGCUGGGUCAAGAUUGCGCCGUCGUGCUAUGUGUUGCGAUCGAGUGCUGCACACCACGUCAACACCACACUCGGUCCAUUUGAUAACCUCAUGUGGAGGCGCACCACUUUGUGUCGCAGGUCAGAUCGCUGGUACCUCGAAGGGUUUGGAGAGGAUGUGAGUGCUCUUGCAGGCGAAGGCAACCUAGAGAAGCCUUUUGAUCCUGGCGAGCCCGUGCAGUCAUGCAUAACGUUUGCAUACAACAAAGCUGACAUGUCUCCUGAGGAGCUGGGUUUUUCGUAUGCAGGGGAUAAUUAUGGUGUCAUCCUUCCGGCUCCCGCGCCGGCUGCAGCAGCGUUGGCUGAUGAUGACAUGGAUUUGUCUCCUCCCGAGGUGCCUGUUGCACCACCAGCACCAGCCGCUGAUGGCUCACCAGGUGAAGCAAACCCUGUUCCGGACAGCCCAGAAGGUCAGUUGCCAGCUGAUACUGUUGUGAUUGAAGGCGUCAGGGUGACGAGUGAGUCUUCAGCUACAGUCCUCAGGGCCGCUUGCACUAGUUUGGGCUUGAGUAAGGCCGGUAAUCGCCGUCAGUUGUGGCGCCGCUUGACGAAUCACAUCAACUCGCAACAGCUGCUGAUUGAUAAGCAUGUCGAGGCCAAUUUGGCCAGCUCGAGGGCUCGUGAUCCGGUCACACCGGCAGUAGCCUCCGAGCCUGAUGCGGCUACCAAGGCGCGUCACUGUCUGACGCAUGAACCUUACGAGCCUUGGUGCGAGAUUUGCAUUCGCCACAGAGCACGCCAGGACCAGCAUGCAACUUCUGUACCGCAUACUUCUUCAGAGAAUGCUGUUGUGUCGUUUGAUUUUGGGUUCUUAUCGCGAAAGGGCCAGAGUCUUUUGAGCACGAAGCCUGAAGUCGGCGAGGACAGUUUGACUGUGCUAUUUUGCGUUGAUCGUGCGAGCAAAGCUGUGUUUGCCAUUCCCACGCAGAGCAAAGCAGGUGCUGCAACCUCAUUCUUGGUUACUGAGGCAGCCAGGUUCAUAUGCUGGUUGGGACACUCAAGCGUCAAGUUGAAGUCGGACAAUGAGAGGCCGAUUCUUCAUGUCAUGCAUCAUUUGCAACGUGCCCUCCGAAGCUUGAACAUUGGAGUGACCUCUGAAACGAGCCCUGUGGGUUCACAUGAGUCCAAUGGCGAGGUUGAGCAAGCUUUGCAACGCGUGCGCCAGCAUGCGUGUGUUUUGAUUUCACAGCUUGAGGAAGGUGCAGGCAUGACGAAGGAGGUGAUCAAGGUUGGUCACCCAUUGUUCCAGUGGUCCGUGCUGCAUGCUUGUUGGCUCCUCAACCGCUUUAGGGUCCUUCAGAAUGAAACUGCAUUUGAGCGAGUCCGGUCCUCGUCUUAUGAAGGCCGCAUCUGCCUCUUCGGCGAGCGGGUUAUGGGUUUCCUGCAAACAGCCAAAGCCUCAGCCCAGUGGAUCAAGGGAGUCUGGCUGGGCAAAACAUGCAGAAAUGAUGUGCACAUAAUUGGCACAGCUGCGGGAAUAUUUGUGACCCGUUCAGUUCGCCGUCUUGCAAAUCCGUGGGACCUUGACUUAGCCGUGUCAGUGGAGAAGUGUGUGUGGGAGCACGGCCUGGCAUCACUUGGAUCGCAGCUUGUGUUGGCCAAGCGUGUUGCACCUCCUGCGCCGAUACCUGUGCCCGUUCCUGCUGAGGUCUCAGGUGGUCCAGUGAUUGCAUCAGGUGAUGGAGAUGGCAAGGAGGCUGCAGAUGAAGGAGCUGCAAGCCCACGUGAAGUGGCGGGGACGGACCCCAGCAGUAGUAGCAGCUCCUCCCGUCGCUCCAGUGAUGUUGCAAUGUCAGUCGGUGAUUCCUUCAUGUCAGUUGCAGAUGAGGGUGCCGGCGUCGGAUAUGUUGGCAAUGGAGCACCGGGCCCUGGCGGGGAUGUGAACCGCGUGCAGCUCUCUGCCGCCUCGCUCGUGUGCCCAUUCUUCUUUCCUGGUGAGUCGAUUCGGGCUGUGCAUGCAUACGGCCACGAGGAUGAAUCUCCUGAGUUGUGCUUUGAAUCCGAGCUUGUUGAAGGGUUCGAGGAAGAUGAUCUCCAGGAUGAUGAGUGGGACGAGCCUGAAGAGGUUGAUCUGACUGAUUACGAGCAAAGGCUGAUGUUCCCACGCAGUGGUGAUGACCCGGCUUCACUGUCCCAAGACAAGCUAGAUGAGAUUGAUUUGGUUGCUGAGUUUGUUGAGAUUGAGCGCCUUAAGAAGCUUUCAGUCCUCCUUGAUCCAAGCACUCUCGAUGGCCACAAUGCAGGUGAAGUGAAGCGCUUGACAACGCGCAUGGUCAAGGACUGGCGCGAGAAGGUACACCAGGGCAAGCCCAUAUGGUUGAGGCGCGCCAGAUACGUUGCAAGGGAGUUUGCAUGGUUGUGCGAGUGGUCGGACACCUUUGCACCAGCUUCUUCAUGUCUCCUGAACCGACUCCUCCCGAUCCUGUACACCACAAGCGCCGCUCCUGACAAGUGCCUAGUCGCUAUCGAUGUGUCAGAUGCAUUCCUCACAGUCGAUCAGACUGUGCCGACGGAGGUUGUGUAUCGCCCGACAGGUGGAGGUCCUGAGGUCAAAUUUGCUUUGGGCAAGCUGUUGCCAGGGCAACGUGAUGGAUCUGAGAAGUGGUAUGGCUCCUUCCUGCAGCACCUUAGUUCAAGCUUGAGUGUGGAGUCCUGUGAGGCCUAUCCUACACUUCUGAGGACCAAGGGUCUGGAAAGUGUGAUGCAGUUGCAUGUGGAUGACAUGCUGGCCUUCACUACAUUGAAGUACGCGAACAAUGAGCUUAAGCCCGCACUUCUUGCGAAGUACAAGAUUAAGUUCGAGGUGUUGCAGAAGCCAGGUGAUGUUCUCUGGUUCUUGAAACGCAAGUUGCACUUGGUCUCGGAGGAACAACUUCUGAUGAGCCCGCAUCCGAAGUACUUGGAAAGGCUCCAAAGACUUCUGAACAUCAGGCCUGAAGCCAAGAAGAAGACACCACUUUUCAGUGAUCUUGAGAAGUUAGAUGGGACCAAGCCAUUGAGCCCAGCAGAUGCCAAACUGUUCCGAUGUUGCGUCGGAGUGCUGCUUUAUGUUGCCCAUGAUUGCAUCGAUUGUCAGUAUAGCAUCAACAUGCUCGUGUCACGCAUGAGCUCGCCCACCGAGCUUAGCAUGAAAGGCCUACGGCAUCUUGUGAUGUACAUGAGCACCAUAGGUGAUGAAGGCCUGAUGCUGUGCAAUCGUGGAACCGGUGUUGGGUUACUUGGCGAUCGCUUUGAUCACGAUGUGGUGGUUGAGACGUUUAGCGACGCCAACUGGGCCGGUGACCAGCAGAGUCGCAAGUCAACAUCCGCAGGCGUGAUUGCAGUCCGUGCAAAUGUGCUAUCGACUAGCUCGCGCACGCAACGAGUCAUUGCUUUGUCUUCAGGGGAGUCCGAACUGUUGGCAUCCGCUUCUGUUCUGAGCGAUGCAAUGCUUGUUCGUGAGUGUGUCAAGUUUGCGCUAGGGUUUGAUGAGAGCCCGCCUAUCCAACACCAUGUUGACAGCACUGCCGCCUUGGGCGCGCUCCGACGCCAGGGCGUGGGGAAGAUUCGACAUCUUUCCACUCGCAUUCUUUGGCAGCAGCUGCUUGUCAAGCAAGGCAUUAUCGUUGCAAACAACAUAUCCACGGACUACAAUGUAGCAGACAUUGGGACAAAGGGGCUGAGCCGCGCCCGCACAUUGUUCCUCAAGCAUUUGUUGCAUUUGUAUGAUGAGGCUGAGGCACGCUAUGUUGGUGAGGAUGAAAUGACUGCGCAAGUUGAGAAGGAUGCAAUGAAGGAGGCAGUGAGGCGCUUUCGUCAGGCCCACCAUGGAGGCAGAGUUCCGAAACAGCAGCUUCGGCAAAUCAUGAUUGCCGCCUUGCUGUCCUUCCCUACCGGUGCAGCCGCAACUGAAGUGAACUGUGCGAACGCCGUGAGCCUUCCCGUGCGCUAUGGCAGCUACAUCUUGAUGACCUUUAUCCUUUUGUGCACCAUGCUCCUGCAAGGAUGUCGCAGUGAGCAACAGUGGGUUCAGGUUGUCAUUAGUGUAGAUUGGUCCGGAAUCCUAGUUGCACUGAUAGUCUUGGUUGGUUUUGAGUUAGUGUGCGUAUGCCUCGGAGUAUCCCUUUUCCAGCAUCUGUGGAGCUCCUGGAGGCAGGAUGAUGAAUAUGCGCAUGACACGGAGGAGCCAGCCUUGAGUGAAGCGUCUGAGCAGCCAGAACCAGAAGGUGAUGAGUGUGACGAUGGCCCGUCACAAGUCAAUGGUGGCAGCUGCCAUGCCACGGAUGAGGUCGAUCGCGACCCCGAGGCAGCAAGCAGCACAGAUGAUCAGGGAUUCAUGCGAGGGCAGCCGGCCCCAGCUGGACCGAGGUCCUAUGAGCCUGAGCCGCUAGAUGGAGAUUUCACGGAUGUGCAGAAUGUGCCAGCAGUUGUGAUCGGAGACCUUGAUGAUGAUCUUGAAGUUAAUGCUCAUGAUGCGCCUCAGGGGCAGGCCGAGCUAGCAGUGCAAGACUUAGUGCAUGUGGAUCCGCACAUGUCAUGGUUUGUUGCACCGAUUGCAGGCCGCCGUGUGCAUAUCUUCAGGACGUGCCAAGGGCUGAUGAAUGCGUCAAGGGUGAUCCGCAUCACGGAACGUGAACGGGAAAACCUAUGGCCGUAUCGCAAUUUCCCUGUGUGUUUCUACUGCCGCCACCGUGCACAGGCCCAGAUGCGACGCGAGAGAAAUCCGCCAAGGAUCUACGAGAUCGGCUGA